AUGAACAUCCAGAAACAUUCUUCAUUGCGCCGCAGCUUGGCCCUGCUGGCAUGCGCGGCAGCCGCCAUGGCAGUGACGCACACCGCGCAGGCACAAACGGCUGCGGCAGGUGUCUGGCCAGACCGCCCCGUCAAGCUGGUCGUCCCAUUCCCGCCCGGCGGCGGAAACGAUGCCUUCGCGCGCGAGCUCGGCAACGCUCUGCAGAAAAAAUUCGGCCAGGCCUUUGUCGUGGACAACCGCGCGGGCGCCAGCGGCAACAUCGGCAUCAGCGCUGUCGCCAAGAGCCCGCCGGAUGGCUACACCCUGCUGGUGGUGUCGAACACGCUGGUCACCAACCCCGGCCUUUCGGCACAGGUGCCGUACGACGUGUACAAGGACUUCGUGCCCAUCACCCUGGCGGCCGGCCUGCCGGUGGCGCUGGUCACCAGCCCUGAAGUGGUUCCCAAAACACUGCCUGCACUCAUCAGCUACGCCAAGGCCAACCCCGGCAAGCUGAGCUACGGCACGGCCGGCGCGGCGCGCGACUUCAAGCCGGUGGCGCGUAUUUCCAGUUUUUACGAAUCGGUUUCGCUGCCCAUUUCUUCGCCCGCAAACACCGUGGCCGAGUGGCUGGAUUCCGCCCGCAAGGACCCGAAAUACGCCAGCUACGGCGUCCCCGCGCCCGGCAGCCUGCCGCAGUUCAUUGGCUACCAGCUGGGCCUCGCAUCAAAAACAAGCCUCGUGUCAGUGCCUUACCGCGGCACCGCACCGCUUUCACAGGAUCUCGUCGGUGGGCAGCUUGCCGCCGGUGUGUUGCCCAUCGCCGACAUGAUCCAGUACAACGGAACCCGGGUGAAGAUACUGGCUGUCAACGGCAAGCGGCGCUCGGACCAGUUGCCCAAUGUGCCCACGCUCAGGGAACUGGGUUUUACGCAGUUCGACGAACUUGAGUGGACCGGAUUUUUCGUACCCGCCAACACGUCAUCCGCCAUCGUGCAGCAACUGCAGACGGCCACUGCCAAGGUCAUAGGUAUUCGCGAAGUGCGCGACGCGCUGUUGAAGAUGGGCACGGAAGCCGACUACGCGCCGGCCGACGUUCUCGAAAAACGCAUUGCAGAUGACAUCGCGAUGUGGGGGCCCGUGGUCAAGGCCUCGGGUUUCAGCGCCGACUAG